AUGAGCCAAGCACCUUCCAACAAUGAUGAUGAAGAUCUUUAUCGUCCUUCUCCUGUUUGUUGCUGCUCCAACGACAACAGCUGCCCCAACGACAACCACAGGUGCUACAACGACAACCGCAGUUGCUCCAACAACCAACACAGCUGCCCCAACGACAACAGCUGCCGCAACGACAACCAUAGCUGCCCCAACGACAACCACGGCUGCUCCGACUACAACAGCUGCCCCAACGGCAACCACAGCUGCUGCAACGUCAACCACAGUUGCCCCAACAACAACCACAGCUGCCCCAACAACAACCACGGCUGCUCCAACUACAACAGCUGCCCCAAUGACAACCACAGCUGCCCCAACAACCACCACAGCUGCUCAAACUUCAACAGCUGCCCCAACGACAACUACAGCUGCUCCAAUGUCAACCACAGUUGCUGCAACGACAAUCGCAGUUGCCCCAACAACAACCACGGCUGCUCCAACUACAACAGCUGCCCCAAUGACAACCACAGCUGCCCCAACAACCACCACAGCUGCUCAGACUUCAACAGCUGCCCAAACGACAACUACAGCUGCUGCAACGACAACCACAGUUGCUCUAACAACUACAACAGCUGCCCCAACAACAACCACAGCCGCUCCAACUACAACAGCUGCCCCAACGACAACUACAGCUGCUCCAAUGUCAACCACAGUUGCUGCAACGACAAUCGCAGUUGCUCCAACAACAACCACAGCUGCCCCAACAACAACCAUGGCUGCUCCAACUACAACAGCUGCCCCAAUGACAACCACAGCUGCACCAACACCCACCACAGCUGCUCCAACUACAACAGCUGCCCCAACGACAACCACAGCUGCCCCAACAACCACCACAGCUGCUCAAACUACAACAGCUGCCCAAACGACAACCACAGCUGCCCCAACAACAACCACGGCUGCUCCAACUACAACAGCUGCUCCAACAACAACCACAGCUGCCCCAACUACAACAGCUGCCCCAACGACAACCACAGCUGCACCAACACCCACCACAGCUGCUCCAACUACAACCACAGUUGCCCCAACGACAACCACGGCUGCUCCAACUACAACAGCUGCCCUAACGACAACCACGGCUGGUGCAACAACAACCACUACAGCCGCUCCAACUACAACAGCUGCCACAACGACAACUACAGCUGCUGCAACUUCAACCACAGCUGCCCCAACGACAACUACAGCUGCUCCAACGUCAACCACAGUUGCUCCAACAACAGCCACAGCUGCCCCAACAACAACCACGGCUGCUCCAACUACAACAGCUGCCCCAACGACAACCACAGCUGCCCCAACAACCACAACAGCUUCUCCAACUACAACAGCUGCCCCAAUGACAACCACAGCUGCCCCAACAACCACCACAGCUGCUCAAACUUCAACAGCUGCCCCAAUGACAACCACAGCUGCCCCAACAACCACCCCAGCUGCUUCAACUACAAAAGCUGCUGCAACGACAACCACAGUUGCUCUAACAACUACCACAGCUGCCCUGACAACUACAACUGCUGCAACGACAACCACAGUUGCUCCAACAACAACCACAGCUGCCCCAACAACCACUACAGCUGCUGCAAUGACAACCACAGUUGUUCCAGCAACUACCGCAGCUGCCCCAACGACAACUACACUUGCUCCAACAACAACCACAGCUGUCCCAACAACAAGAGAUGCCCCGACAACAACAGCUGCUCCAACGUCCACCAAAGCUGUCCUAACCACAACAGUUGCCAAAACGACAACCACCAUUGGUCCAACAACCACAGUGGCCCCAGGAGCAACAACCACAGCUGCCCCAGGAGCAGCAACUACACAGGCUCCAGCAGCAACUACGACAGUGACCCCAGGAGCAACAACCACAGCUGCCCCAGGAGCAACAGCCACACAGGCCCCAGUAGCAACUACCACAGUAACCCCAGGAGAAACAACCACAGUAGCUCAAGGAACAACAACUGCUGCCCUAGGAGCAACAACCACAGCUGCCCCAGGAGCAACUACCACACAGGCCCAAGUAGCAACUACCACAGUAACCCCAGGAGAAACAACCACAGCUGCCCCAGGAGCAACUACCACACAGGCCUCAGGAGCCACUACCACAUUAACCCCAGGAGCAACAACCACAGCUGCCCCAGGAGCAACAGCCACACAGGCCCCAGCAGCAACAACCACACAGGCCCCAGGAGCAACCGCCACAGUAACCCCAGGAGCAACAACCACAGCUGCCCCAGGAGCAACUACCUCAGUAACCCCAGGAGUAACAACCACAGCUGCCCCAGGAAAAACAACCACCCAGGCCCCAGUAGCAACAACCACAGCUGCCCCAGGAGCAACAACCACAGUAACCCCAGGAGCAACAACCACACAGGCCCCCGUAGCAACUACCAAAGUAACCCCAGGAGCAACAACCACAGUAGCUCAAGUAACAACAACUGCUGCCCUAGGACCAACAACCACAGCUGCCCCAGGAGCAACAACCACAGUAGCUCAAGGAACAACAACUGCUGCCCUAGGAGCAACAACCACAGCUGCCCCAGGAGCAACCACCACAGUAACCGCAGGAGCAACAACCACAGCUGCCCCAGUAGCAACCACCACAGUAACCGCAGGAGAAACCACCACAGUAACCGCAGGAGCAACAACCACAGUAACCGCAGGAGCAACAACCACAGUAGCUCAAGGAACAACCACUGCUGCCCUAGGAGCAACAACCACAGCUGCCGCAGGAGCAACUACUACACAGGCCCUAGUAGCAACUACCACAGUAACCCCAGGAGCAACAACCACAGCUGCCCAAGGAGCAACUACCACAGCUGCCGCAGGAGCAACAACCACACAGGCCCAAGUAGCAACAACCACAGCUGCCCCAGGAGCAACUACCACACAGGCCCCAGUAGCCACUACCACAUUAACCCCAGGAGCAACAACCACAUCUGCCCCAGGAGCAACAGCCACACAGGCCCCAGCAGCAACUACCACAGUGACCCCAGGAGCAACAACCACAGCUGCCCCAGGAGCAACUACCACACAGGCCCCCGUAGCAACUACCAAAGUAACCCCAGGAGCAACAACCACAGUAGCUCAAGGAACAGCAACUGCUGCCCUAGGAGCAACAACCACAGCUGCCCAAGGAGAAACUACAACAGCUGCUGCAGGAGCAACAACCACACAGGCCCCAGGAGCAACUACCACAGUGACCCCAGGAGCAACAACCACAGCUGCCCCAGGAGCAACAGCCACAGCUGCCGCAGGAGCAACAACCACACAGGCCCCAGGAGCAACCGCCAAAGUAACCCUAGGAGCAACAACCACACAGGCCCCCGUAGCAACUACCAAAGUAACCCCAGGAGCAACAACCACAGUAGCUCAAGGAACAGCAACUGCUGCCCUAGGAGCAACAACCACAGCUGCCCAAGGAGAAACUACAACAGCUGCUGCAGGAGCAACAACCACACAGGCCCCAGGAGCAACUACCACAGUGACCCCAGGAGGAACAACCACAGCUGCCCCAGGAGCAACAGCCACAGCUGCCGCAGGAGCAACAACCACACAGGCCCCAGGAGCAACCGCCAAAGUAACCCUAGGAGCAACAACCACAGCUGCCCAAGGAGCAACUACCACAGCUGCCGCAGGAGAAACAACCACACAGGCCCCAGGAGCAACUACCACAGUGACCCCAGGAGCAACAACCACAGCUGCCCCAGUAGCAACCACCACAGUAACUGCAGGAGCAACAACCACAGUAGCUCAAGGAACAACAACUGCUGCCCUAGGAGCAACAACCACAGCUGCCCCAGGAGCAACUACCACAGUAACCCCAGGAGUAACAACCACAGCUGCCCCAGGAAAAACAACCACAGCUGCCGCAGGAGCAACAACCACACAGGCCCCAGCAGCAACUACCACAGUGACCCCAGGAGUAACGACCACAGUAGCUCAAGGAACAACAACUGCUGCCCUAGGAGCAACAACCACCGCUUCCCCGGGAGAAACUACCACACAGGCCCAAGAAGCAACUACCACAGUAACCCCAGGAUCAACAACCACAGCUGCCCCAGGAGCAACAACCACACAGGCCCCAGUAGCAACUACCACAGUAACCCCAGGAGCAACAACCACAGCAGCCCCAGGAACAACUACCACAGUAGCUCAAGGAACAACAACUGCUGCCCUAGGAGCAACAACCACAGCUGCCCCAGUAGCAACUACCACAGUAACCCCAGGACCAACAACCACAGUAGCUCAAGGAACAACAACUGCCGCCCUAGGAGCAACAACCACCGCUUCCCCGGGAGCAACUACCACACAGGCCCCAGUAGCAACUACCACAGUGACCCCAGGAGCAACAACCACAGCUGCCCAAGGAGCAACAGCCACACAGGCGACAGUAGCAACUACCACAGUAACCCCAGGAGCAACAACCACAGCAGCCCCAGGAACAACUACCACAGUAGCUCAAGGAACAACAACUGCUGCCCUAGGAGCAACAACCACCGCUUCCCCGGGAGCAACUACCACACAGGCCCCAGUAGCAACUACCACAGUGACCCCAGGAGUAACAACCACAGCUGCCCCAGGAAAAACAACCACAGCUGCCGCAGGAGCAACAACCACACAGGCCCCAGCAGCAACUACCACAGUGACCCCAGGAGUAACGACCACAGUAGCUCAAGGAACAACAAUUGCUGCCCUAGGAGCAACAACCACCGCUUCCCCGGGAGAAACUACCACACAGGCCCAAGAAGCAACUACCACAGUAACCCCAGGAUCAACAACCACAGCUGCCCCAGGAGCAACAACCACACAGGCCCCAGUAGCAACUACCACAGUAACCCCAGGAGCAACAACCACAGCAGCCCCAGGAACAACUACCACAGUAGCUCAAGGAACAACAACAGCUGCCGCAGGAGCAACAACCACACAGGCCCCAGCAGCAACUACCACAGUGACCCCAGGAGUAACGACCACAGUAGCUCAAGGAACAACAACUGCUGCCCUAGGAGCAACAACCACCGCUUCCCCAGGAGCAACUACCACACAGGCCCAAGUAGCAACUACCACAGUGACCCCAGGAGCAACAACCACAGCUGCCCAAGGAGCAACAGCCACACAGGCGACAGUAGCAACUACCACAGUAACCCCAGGACCAACAACCACAGUAGCUCAAGGAACAACAACUGCCGCCCUAGGAGCAACAACCACAGCUUCCCCAGGAGCAACUACCACACAGGUCCAAGAAGCAACUACCACAGUAACCCCAGGAGCGACAACCACAGCUGCCCCAGGAGCAACUACCACACAGGCCUCAGGAGCCACUACCACAUUAACCCCAGGAGCAACAACCACAGCUGCCCCAGGAGCAACAGCCACACAGGCCCCAGUAGCAACUACCACAGUAACCUCAGGAGCAAUGACCACUGUAGCUCAAGGAACAACAACUGCUGCCCUAGGAGCAACUACCACACAGGCCCCAGUAGCCACUACCACAUUAACCCCAGGAGCAACAACCACAGCUGCCCCAGGAGCAAAUACCACACAGGCCCUGGUAGCAACUACCACAGUAACCCCAGGAGCAACAACCACAGCUGCCCCAGGAAAAACAACCACAGCUGCCGCAGGAGCAACAACUACACAGGCCCCAGGAGCAACAACCACAGCAGCCCCAGGAACAACUACCACAGCUGCCGCAGGAGCAACAACCACACAGGCCCCAGUAGCAACAACCACAGUAGCUCAAGGAACAACAACUACUGCCCUAGGAGCAACUACCACAGCUGCCACAGGAACAACUACCACACAGGCCCCAGUAGCAACUACCAAAGUAACGCCAGGAGCAACAACCACAGCUGCCCAAGGAGCAACUACCACAGCUGCCGCAGGAGCAACAACCACACAGGCCCCAGUAGCAACAACCACAGCUGUCGCAGGAGCAACAACCACACAGGCCCCAGGAGCAACUACCACAGUGACCCCAGGAGCAACAACCACAGCUGCCCCAGGAACAACUACCACAGCUGCCGCAGGAGCAACAACCACACAGGCCCCAGUAGCAACUACCACAGUGGCCCCAGGAGCAACAACCACAGUAGCUCAAGGAACAACAACUGCUGCCCUAGGACCAACAACCACAGCUGCCCCAGGAGCAACAACCACAGUAGCUCAAGGAACAACAACUGCUGCCCUAGGAGCAACAACCACAGCUGCCCCAGUAGCAACUACCACAGUAACCCCAGGACCUACCACUGUAGCUCAAGGAACAACAACUGCUGCCCUAGGAGCAACUACCACACAGGCCUCAGGAGCCACUACCACAGUAGCUCAAGGAACAACAACUACUGCCCUAGGAGCAACUACCACAGCUGCCACAGGAACAACUACCACACAGGCCCCAGUAGCAACUACCAAAGUAACGCCAGGAGCAACAACCACAGCUGCCCAAGGAGCAACUACCACAGCUGCCGCAGGAGCAACAACCACACAGGCCCCAGUAGCAACAACCACAGCUGUCGCAGGAGCAACAACCACACAGGCCCCAGGAGCAACUACCACAGUGACCCCAGGAGCAACAACCACAGCUGCCCCAGGAACAACUACCACAGCUGCCGCAGGAGCAACAACCACACAGGCCCCAGUAGCAACAACCACAGUAGCUCAAGGAACAACAACUACUGCCCUAGGAGCAACAACCACAGCUGCCACAGGAACAACUACCACACAGGCCCCAGUAGCAACUACCAAAGUAACGCCAGGAGCAACAACCACAGCUGCCCAAGGAGCAACUACCACAGCUGCCGCAGGAGCAACAACCACACAGGCCCCAGUAGCAACAACCACAGCUGUCGCAGGAGCAACAACCACACAGGCCCCAGGAGCAACUACCACAGUGACCCCAGGAGCAACAACCACAGCUGCCCCAGGAGCAACAGCCACAGCUGCCGCAGGAGCAACAACCACACAGGCCCCAGGAGCAACUACCAAAGUAACCCUCGGAGCAACAACCACAGCUGCCCAAGGAGCAACUACCACAGCUGCCGCAGGAGCAACAACCACACAGGCCCCAGGAGCAACUACCACAGUGACCCCAGGAGCAACUACCACAGCUGCCACAGGAACAACUACCACACAGGCCCCAGUAGCAACUACCAAAGUAACCCCAGGAGCAACAACCACAAUAGCUCAAGGAACAACAACUGCUGCCCUAGGAGCAACAACCACAGCUGCCCAAGGAGCAACUACCACAGCUGCCCCAGGAGCAACUACCACACAGGCCCCAGUAGCAACUACCAAAGUAACCCCAGGAGCAACAACCACAGUAGCUCAAGGAACAGCAACUACUGCCCUAGGAGCAACAACCACAGCUGCCCAAGGAGAAACUACCAAACAGGCCCCAGGAGCAACUACCACAGUGACCCCAGGAGCAACAACCACAGCUGCCCCAGGAGCAACAGCCACAGCUGCCGCAGGAGCAACAACCACACAGGCCCCAGGAGCAACCGCCAAAGUAACCCUAGGAGCAACAACCUCCCAAGGAGAAACUACCACAGCUGCCGCAGGAGCAACAACCACACAGGCCCCAGGAGCAACAACCACACAGGCCCCAGGAGCAACCGCUAAAGUAACCCUAGGAGCAACAACCACAGUUGCCCCAGGAGCAACUACCACAGUGACCCCAGGAGCAACAACCACAGCUGCCCCAGGAGCAACAGCCACACAGGCCCCAGUAGCAACUACCACAGUUACCCCAGGAGCAAAAACCACAGCUGCCG